UUCAAUUCCUUCCAUAUGCACUCUUACUGAAACCUACAUCAAACCCAAUCUUCUAAUCCACUGUAUUUCCUCUCAUCAAUACCAGAUUCAUCAUCGAACUUCAACAGAAAGAACGAGAUCUGUUUCUUUCUUCGUCUGUUCAGAUUCAUCAUCGCCCAUCGAUGACUGCUACUGAUAGUUAGGUUGAUGGUUUGGGGAAGAAAACGAUACAGUACUUAAUUUUUUUUUUCUGUUCACAAAGAAAGAGGACAGAGAUAUAGAAGACGAGGAUAUUUUUAGUAGAUAAAGGCCACGUGUUUGUUUUUGUCCACCUGUACGAAGCAGCUGACUCAGCUAACCGGGUUUUGAUGGAAAAAGUGACGAGGAGGUUUUAUUAAUUUUUGUUGUGUAGCGGAGGUAACUCAAAUUAUGAUCUUCGUCAGGGAAGAUCCAGAUUCACUCAUGGAGGUUUCUCAAGGAGGACCAGAGAGAGAUAAAGGGAGUUCAUCUCCUUCCCCUACAGCGGUUGUAUCCAAUUUCUGGAGAGACUUUGAUUUAGAUAAAGAGAGGAGUGUGCUGGACGAGCAGGGUUUAAGGAUAGCUGAAAAUCAGGAGAACAGCCAGAAGAAUAGACGGAAGCUUGCGGAAAGUACACGAGAUUUCAAAAAAGCUUCUCCUGAAGAUAAGUUAAGUCUGUUUAACUCUUUACUUAAGGGCUAUCAAGAAGAAGUUGACAAUCUUACGAAGAGAGCAAAAUUUGGAGAGAAUGCUUUUCUAAACAUUUACCAGAAAAUAUAUGAGGCGCCAGAUCCUUAUCCUGCUCUUGCUUCUAUCGCCGAGCAAGACUUGAUUUUGUCAGAACUGCAGUCUGAAAACCAUAAAAUGAAGGUUGAACUUGAAGAAUUCAGGACUGAAGCUACUCAUUUGAAAAAUCAACAGGCAACAAUAAGAAGACUUGAGGAGCGCAACCGUCAAUUAGAACAACAGAUGGAGGAAAAGGUGAAGGAAAUUGUUGAAAUUAAGCAACGCAGCUUGGCAGAAGAGAAUCAGAAAACACUGGAAGUCCUCAAGGACAGGGAGCGGCUACUGCAGGAUCAGUUAAGACAGGCCAAGGAAAGUGUUUCUAAUAUGCAAAAAUUACAUGAGUUUGCCCAGAGCCAGAUGUUUGAACUUCGUGCUCAAUCAGAUGAAGAAAGAGCAGCUAAACAGUCAGAGGUCAAUCUCCUUAUGGAUGAAGUUGAACGUGCUCAGACUCGGUUGCAUAGUCUAGAAAGGGAGAAGGGGAUUCUCCGUUCCCAACUACAAACUACUAACGAGGAAAAUGGAAAUAAGAACAGUGACAACUUGGACUCCAACACUAUGCUUGAGAACUCAUUGAGUGCAAAAGAGAAAAUAAUCUCGGAACUGAACAUGGAACUCCAUAAUAUGGAGACAACCUUGUCGAGUGAGCGAGAGCAACACAUUAAUGAUAUCAAGAAGUUGAAUGGGUUGCUAAGGGAAAAGGACAUCAUUAUUGAGAAUAUCAAGAAAGAGCUUCAAGCAAGGCCGGCAACAAAAUUAGUUGAUGAUCUGCGUAAGAAAGUCAAAAUUUUGCAGGCAGUGGGAUAUAAUUCAAUUGAAGCCGAAGAUUGGGAAGUAGCUACGGAUGGAGAAGAAAUGAGCAAGUUGGAGUCAAUGCUUCUUGACAAGAAUCGUAAAAUGGAACAUGAACUCACACAGCUAAAGGUCAAACUUUCUGAGCAAUCAACUUUGCUGGAAACGGCUGAACAGAAGGUUGCAGAGCUAGUUGCAAAGGUGAACGAACAGCAAAGGUUAAUAUCGAAGCUGGAAGAUGAUAUAUUGAAGGGUUACAACUCUACAGAUCGAAAAGGUACCCGGUUUGAUGAAUGGGAUCUCCACGAUGUAGGUGCAGCCGAGCUUUCUGAGAAUGCAGAACAAAAGCACAUAGCAUCAGAUCAAGAUCAAAACUCAAUGCUCAAGGUAAUCUGCAAUCAGCGAGAUAGGUUCCGCACUCGUUUGCGAGAGACGGAAGAGGAAGUUAGGCAGUUGAAGGAGAAGAUAGGGGGCCUGACGGUAGAACUUGAAAAAACCAAAGCUGAUAAUGUAAAACUAUAUGGAAAGAUCCGUUAUGUUCAAGACUAUAGUCUUGAAAAAUUAGUAUCCAGGGGAGCAAGGAAGCAUUCAGAAGACUUGGAGAGUGGCUUCAGCUCAGACUUUGAAUCCAAGUACAAAAAGAUAUAUGAGGAUGAUAUAAAUCCUUUCGCCGCUUUUUCAAGAAAGGAAAGAGACCAAAGGUACAAGGAAUUAGGUUUCAGGGAUAAAAUCACUCUGAGCAGUGGCCGUUUUCUUCUUGGCAAUAAGUAUGCUAGAACAUUUGUGUUCUUCUACUCCAUAGGAUUGCAUCUCUUGGUGUUUGCGUGUCUGUACAGAAUGUCUGCUAUAAGUGAUCUAAGAACAUCCGCGCAUGACUAGUUCAGCUCUAUCAGAACCUCUCCCUCACGUAUGUACACACUUUAUCCACAAAUAAGAAGAUAGGCCUAAAGUGUUAGUUCAGUAAUUGUGGCUUUGUAAUAGAUCACGGAUAGUCAAGGUUCGCGAAUUAAGUAUAUUACCCUUACAGUGUAUAUAGGCAAAUGCAACAUGCAUCAUCCUUUCCUUGUUUGUUUUCUAGUUUUUGACACUUUACGGAAGAGCUGUUUUUGCUUUUCUGCAAAUUAAAGUAGAUCAUGCACUUCCUUAUAUCGUAUAGCAAAUUAAAGUAGAUCAUGCACUUCCUCAUAUCG